GGUCUGAUUUAUUCGACGGCUUUCAACAUUGGGAAACAAUAAGACUGUAACGGCGGUUACGAUAUACAAACAAAUUUGAACCGAAAAUGCCUUCUCCAACACAAGCCCGUGGCUUCUUUCGCAGCGCUGCCCGCUACCUCUCCGAACCUCAUCCGUUCGCACGCAAUCCUGUGACUGUGGCUUCGCACUCGGUUCCGUAUGGCGUUUAUGGCAAGCGGUUAUUAAGGAGCUCUGCUUUCUAUUUCCCGACCUUCGCUGUUUUCUUCGGUUGGCCUAUCGCUGGCAUGUACUACUUGAAGAAAACCGGCUUGUGACUAGGAUGGAGUGGGAUGGUUGAUGAUGCAAGUU